AUGCCAGAUGGUAGCGACUUGGAUGGCAAGGAGCUACUCACCCUAGUCCGCAGCGGUAACAACCCCUUCCACGGAGUUUUGGGCGUAAAUCUACUCAUUCUAGAGAUUGAGGAGAAUCUCAACACCCAGGUGAUCGACAUUCCAGCCAUCUACAAGGGCUCCAAUAGCUACGGUUUCCACAUCAAGUUGUCGAAUCGAACGGACGUCGUGGCGCGUUUGGCUCGCGGCGAUGUCAAUAUGCCACUCUUUGACGGCUUCCCAAUUCAUGCGCAGGUUUGCCGGGUCAAGUUCGAGGUGGCGACGUAUGAGCUCUUGCGCUCAGAGUCUAAUAUCUUGGCCUCCCGCCUGCUUUACCACCGUAUCCCAGUGCAGCAUGAUGGCCCUAGACUUGAUCUCCCUCGGGAUAUUGCGGGCCAUCGCUUGUUCUUGUUUGAAAGAGCAGAGGGAUAUAAUAAUAUAUGGCACGAUCUUAGCUCAGAACAGAAGGCUUGUCUUCUUGCUCAAGCAGCACACAUCCGCGCAUCACUGUUCAGCUUCAACCUCCCACUCGAAUUUGCCACUACUUGGCUCCGCGAACGCCUUUUUGAACAGAAGCCCGAAUUGCUCCCCAUUUCCGUUGCUCCCACACGCGAGUUCUGCGUUGCUCUUUUCAUAUCCAAGAUCGAAGCGACAAUCAGGAACAUAGGCGACAUGAUCGGAUGGGAGAGCAACCAUGUCACUGUUGGUCCCAUUGCUGCGGCAGCCAAACAGUCUCUCUUGCGCCUCAUCCCAUAUAUCAUACUUACAGAUGGCGACCAGACCUCUCUCUAUCGCCUCGUUCUUGAGCACAACAUGUCGAUUACAAUGGAUGCAAAUGGUCAACCCCUCGUGACGUCCCUGUACGACUGGGAGACUAGGUGCAUUGUACCAGCUAUCUUAUCCGAUCCGCUAAUGGCGGUAUGGGUCGAUCUAGUGCCAGAUGAGAAUGCCACCCCUUCAUUUAUUCGAGUGCCUGACGACGCAACUCCGGAUGACCGUGUGGAGUAUAUGACAUGGGCGAGGCAAUAUUUCAAGGUUCUCUUCACUCAAGCGCCUAAUUAUGAACGUGCAAUCCAGGCAGGGAAAGAUGCACGCCAUCUUUGGUUUGCGCUGCGAGACUGGCGAGGUGACGAUCCGGAGGGAUAUUUCGGUGGUCUGGGAGCUUGGGCUGAGAGUAGGAUGAAACAGCUUGGCGUGGGUGAAGCUCGUGCUGCCUAG